AUGCGGAUUUGGGGGUUAGAAAAACCACAACAUGUUCCAGAUAGAACACCACUCUACUCGAAAAAAGAUACUGAUGUCCAUACAGAUGAGGCUUCCACGUGGGGCAAAGGGUCGUACAAAACCUUUGACAAUCGUAUGUUCACUUUCAAGUCCUAUUGCAACUUCACUUUCUGUCGUCAUUGUGUUGAGUCGGGACGAGAGUUCAAUGUUGAAAUAAAUCGGAACAAGGAAGGGAAGAUUGGACGACUGUCCAUAGUGCUGGAUGGCAAUGAUAUCACGGUGAAAGGGAGUAGAAUUCUCAUCAACAGCAGAUUUGUGCAAGUGCCAUUUGACAAUAAAAUGAUUCAUAUUAAGAAAUAUGGGGACUACACCAAGCUGGAAAGCCGCAGAGGUAUUCUGACAUUACUAUGGAAUGAUAAUGAUAAAGUCUCGCUCACUCUACAUAAAGCAUAUGACACCUGUGGUCUUUGUGGAGAUAGCCGAGAUAGCAAAGGCACAGAUAUCACAAAGCUUAUUACAGACAGCAAAAUCCCAGACUCAACUUGUCCUGAACCUAUUCCUGAAGAGGGUCUGCACUGUGAGGAGGGAAGAAUGUAUUGCCGUAGUAUAAUUUCAAAGUACUUCAAAUCAUGUAAAAAUGUUGGCAAACUAUAUAAUGAAUAUGAAAGGAUAUGCAUUGAAGAAUACUGCAAAACUGGGAAUGGAGUGGAUGUAUGUCCUACAUUUUUCGAAUUAGCCCAGGAAUGUGCGUCUGGAGGUUCUGGUCCAUAUGAAAAAUGGAGAAGUGAUCCUGAUGUGGUUUGUGAUACACCUGCAUGUCCAGAAUCUGAAAUUUACAGCGACUGUGGCCCUUCCAACCAGGCAACAUGUACUUACAUGUCUCCUUACCAAGAGACUGGAUGUGUGAGUGGUUGUGUAUGCCCAAAAGGUUAUGUGCUUGAUGAUAUUAGUGGAAAUGGCAGAUGCAUCGCAAAAACAAACUGUGCUUGUAAAUUUAAUGGAAAAGUAUACAGACCUGGUGAAGAGAGGAAAGGCCUUUGUAACUCAAAAUGUACUUGCCAUGAUGCAAAAUGGACGUGCACAGAACCUUUGUGUCCAGGAAGAUGCAAAGUGGAAGGACCAUUCAUCACAACCUUUGAUGGCACCUCUUUCACCUAUGCUGGAGACUGUCACCUUGUAGCAAUCCAGGACAAAGAUUGGUCUCUGAGUGUGGAAUUGCGUCCUUGUGCCACUGGUUCAGCUGAGACAUGUCUGAAGAGUGUGACUUUGAGUCUAGGCCAGUCUCUGUCAGCAGACAGAUAUACAUUCCAUAACAAUGGCAGCUUCUUCAAUGACAAGAUAAAGGAUAGAGAUUAUUACGCAUCAGAUCAAAUCAUCAUCUUCAGGCCAUCAUCAUCCAACAUUGAAGCAGAAUUAUUUAACGGCCUAAAAUUACAGCUAGAGCUUGUCCCAACUAUGCAGCUCUAUGCCUCACUGCCAGCAAAAAAGUAUCCAAAUACUGGAGGGCUCUGUGGUUCAUUCAACAACAAAGCAGAGGAUGAUUUUAUGUCCAGCCAGAAUAUCCUGGAGGUGACAUCUGAGUCAUUUGCAAGCUCCUGGGAAAUGAUGACAUGUCCGAAACCUAAGCAUCCUUCAUGUACCAGCAUAGAAAAAGAGAGAUAUGCAAAAGAAAACUGUGCAGUACUGAAUGAUCCCAAUGGAAUAUUUGCUUCUGGCCAUUCCACUGUAGACCACAAAACUUACUAUGAGAGAUGUCUGAUAUCAACAUGUGUAUGUGAAAAAGUCAAGGAUUGCUUAUGCACAGCACUGGGAAACUAUGUCAAAGCAUGCACUAAACAUGGAAUAUACAUUACUGGUUGGAGAAAGGGUAUUUGUGGGGAAGAUUGUGAAGAGGGCAAAGUCUUCCAGUACAGUGUAAAAGCCUGCAACACCUCUUGCCGUUCCUUUUCGGAGAGAGAUUUGAGCUGUGAUGUGAUAGACAUUCCUGUAGAUGGAUGCGUCUGUCCUGAGGGCCGGUAUUUAAACAGCAAAGGAAUGUGUGUGGAACGAGAAAUGUGCGAUUGUUACAUCAAUAAUGAGGUGGUGGUGACAGGUCAAAAUAUCCACCUGGAUAAUUAUAUGUGUGCUUGUAGAAAAGGUCAGGUACUUUGCCAUAAUCCUUCUGACUUCAAACCUGUAACCUGUACAGGCGGAGCUGAAUUUAUCACUUGUUCUGACCCAAAAGCAAAGAGAAGAGUUGAUAAAACAUGCAGUGCUCUGAACAUGCCUCACUUUUCUAUGGACUUGCCCUGCAGGCGUGGAUGCUAUUGUCCUUUGGGCAGGGUUCGAAACUCUGACGGAGAGUGCAUCCUACCAUCUCAUUGCCCAUGUUCUUACAGUGGUCGGAAAUAUAAUCAAGGAAGCUCAAUCCAAGUUGAUUGCAACACCUGCACAUGUACACAAGGAUCUUGGACGUGUACAGAAAACAAAUGUCAGAGUUCUUGCCAUAUCUAUGGAGAUGGUCAAGUCCAAACCUUUGAUGGGAAGUGGUACAGCUAUGAUGGUCUUUGUCAAUAUGUCCUUGCUGAGGACUAUUGUGGUAAAGAAGAUGGAUUAUUUAGAAUCCUAACAGAGAGUGUCCCGUGCUGUGAUAAUGGAGUUACAUGCUCAAGGAAAAUCACAGUGAUUCUAGAGAAUGGCACCCUUGUUCUAGAAGAUGGAAAAUACAUGUUUAUUAAAGAUGCUGGAAGUACUCAAUGUGAAACAGACAAGCAACAGUACACUGUACACACAGUUGGACUGUAUUUGAUAAUCAAAUAUAUACAGGGAAUAACCCUAUUUUGGGACAAAAAUACAAGAGUUUCUAUUAUAAUGGAGCCAAACUGGACAAGACAAGUAUGUGGCCUGUGUGGAAAUCACAAUGGAAAUCUUCAAGAUGAACUUACUACUAGACAAGGUUUGCUAGCAGCUGGACCAGUGGAGUUUGGCAAUAGUUGGAAGACUAGCUCUGCAUGCUCAGACACAAUAGAUGAGUCUUUUCCAUGCGAUGCAAACACAUACUGUAAAGAUUGGGCCUUGAGAAAAUGUGAAAUAAUUAGAGAUUAUCGGUUCAGAGCCUGCCACAGCCGGGUUGACCCCACUCCAUAUCACAAGUCUUGCAUUGAGGAAGCGUGCGCAUGCACCAUGGAAGGGAAGUAUCUUGGAUUCUGUACUGCUGUAGCAAUGUAUGCAGAAGCAUGCUCAGCAGUUGGCAUUUGUAUACACUGGCGUACUCCAGAACUUUGCCCUGUCUUCUGUGAUUACUACAAUGUACCUGGGGAGUGUAGCUGGCAUUAUGAGCCCUGUGGGACAGUGACAGCCAAAACAUGUAAGGAUCAUGUGAUUGGCAGGACUCUUCCGUCCGUCUUGGAAGGUUGUUAUGCAAAGUGUCCUGAUAAUGCACCCUACCUGGAUGAAAACAUAAUGAAAUGUGUCCGUUUGUCAGACUGUACUUGCUUCCACAAUGACAUAAUUCUUGCUGGACAAAUCAUUUAUGAUAACUGUGGAAGAAUAUGUGUCUGCAAAGCUGGGGAGUUGGUUUGCUCUGAUUUUCCAGGCAUUCCAAGAAUGGGUGUGGUACCAAGCCUGAAAAAGACGACUGCAAAAACAGCAACCAAAGGUGUCACUGAAGGUAGAAGAGGCAGCACUCCUGGCUGGAAUACCAGAAGAACCACUGAACAUGUACAAGUUGGCAAGUCAACUGAAGCCGCAGAGAGAAUCACUACAGAAAGUGUUGGAAAUGCCAAGCGCUACAGCAAAGUCCCUCGUACCAUCUCAGGUAUCACCAGUAGCGCAAGACCCACGGGACGUGCAGGAGCUAAAAGCUCAGCUAAAGUCACGGAGAGCAUCACUACAGAAACAGUUAGAUACUCCAAGCCGGGAGGCCUUCCAAGAACCAGCAGAGGCAUCACCAGGUUUGCAACGGUCAUCGGAAGAGUCACGGAACAUAUAAGCGUUGGACGCUCAACUGAAGGCAUGGAGAGUGUCCCUGGAUAUACCAACCAACAUACUGAAGGCCCACAUGGAACCAUUUCAGGCACAGAGAUGGUAGAAAGCCAUAGGGAGCCUGCCACAGAAGGCUACAGUACUAGCCUUGCUGUGAGUGCAAGUAGCGCAACCAGGCCUGGCAAUAUUGGAAUUACAACCAGAAGUAUUGGAGGAGUUGUCACUGGCUACACCGAGGGGGUCCAAGAAGGUUUGUCUACAGCUCCUAAAACCUCUAUUGGAAGAUCUGGAGAAUGUCCGACAGUACCAGAACCAACCUCAUGUCGGUUUCAAAAUGAGUACUAUGAGAUUGGAGAAAAGUUUAAGGAUCCCAGCAAUCCGUGCCUCAAGUACACCUGUACCGCAGACGGCUUUAAAACAGAAGUUGAAGAAUGUGCUGGGCAGAGGUGGUGCAACAACGGUACAAGAAUAUAUCAUGAGAACAAAUGCUGCUAUGAUUGUGUGAAUCAAUGCAGACCAAUUCCUGUGAAGGUGGGAGUUAGUGCAAAUGGUUGUAAAAGUCACAUCUUGAUGCCAGUAUGCAGUGGUGAAUGCAAAAAAGUAAUAUCGUAUAGUGGUGUUGACCGUCAAAUGAUGAACAAAUGUUUUUGCUGCAAGGCAAAGGAACAUGUAUACAAAAAUAUCCCCAUAUUCUGUCCCACAGGAAAACUAAUCAUGUAUAAAUACAAGCACACUGUUGCCUGCAGCUGCCAAGCUUGUAAAGGUCACUAAUGUAAUCAUAUUUUAAAUGGCUUUUUGCUCCUCUUCUUCUCAAACAUGUUAAAAAUGUGAUUUUGAGAUUUGCUGAUGUUAUUUGCUACCAAUUUAAAUAAUCAUUAUUAAUGCCUGGAUCUUAAGCAAAAUCUAUAAUAUAUGUUUUGUAGCAUCUUCACAAAUCAAAACAGCAAAAUAAAUACUAUUUUGA